AUCUGAGGUAUCUGUUUUGAUUCACUUUACGUAAUGUUAUUUCUAUACAAAUUGGAUUUGUUCUUCAUAAUCGAUCUGUUACUUUGCUUAUGGCAGGAUUGUAAUGAUGGAGAAGAUUAAAGAACAUUUUUACUACAUUAUUCGCAGAGAAUGCCUUGAUCAUGGCUCGUACAAAGGCAUCAGAAAUGGAGCAGGAUAGUGCUGAAGAGAACACUCCCUCAGGCAAGAACAAGAAGACUCAGCAGAGGAAGAGAAAAAGUCUAUCCCAGACACUGGACAUGGCAAAGAAAAAGAAAAUGAAUCAGGAGGAGUCGGACAGUGAGGAAUUAUCUGAGGACUCUAUCACCGAAGGCAAAACUCAGUUUCAUAAAGGGACCACCUGGCCGCUGGAUGCCACUUUAGAGAUUCUGGUAAACUAUGAAGGAGUAAAGGAAGUUCGCACAGUCAAACCACAGUUCUUUCCCCUUGUGUAUCACCUGACUCGUGGAGAACCAGAAAAGAUUGCCAAAGCCAUUUCAUUUGUAGCAUCUGUUGACGAUCUCCUGAAGAAAAGGUACAGAUUUCAAAAGGAGCAUAAACCAGCAAAUGAUAGAACAGUAACUUCAGUGGAGAAACUUACUGCAGCGAACUCCAAAUCUACUUCCCCAGACAUAUUAAAGAUAAUCCCUCAUUAUGGAUUCCGAGAUAAGAAAGGCAAAUGGCUACCAAAGAAAAAGUGGAAAUCUGCUGAAAUACUUAAAAACAAGGGGAAGCUACGAAAACUGGUAACUCAGAUGCCGAGUGACAGAGCUCACAUGUUGUCUGUCAACAAUUUAAGCAUUGUUGAAAACACGAGGAAGCAGAGAAUUACAGUACUCAAUGAUGCCAAAUCAGCUAUUCAGAGUGUUUUAUCCCAAGUGUCCAUGAAACGCCAGCAGUAUGCUAAGCUACUCGUCUGGAUGCAAACUUUAGAAAUGAAAUCUCACGUAAAGCCGAGGCCAUCCAAAACAUCUGUGACUACCAGAGACAAACGUGAGAAUAAGAGGGAAGUUAGUGUAAAGAAAGACGAGUCUAAAGCAGGAUUAAGCCGCCACACCUCCGCUUCAUCUUCCAACAAAACACUGUACGGAAUAGAAGAGAGUGCCAUCAUUGAGGGCAAACGUCUGAGAUCCAAGCCAGAUUUUAUGCCUUACAUUCCACCCAAACCACAAUCGAGAAAAAAGCCUGCAGAAGUGAAUCAAAAAAUUAAACCAGAAAAUGUUGAUUCUGGAUCAACAAAACAUUGUGUUCAACAGCCUGGGACAUCAAAAACUGUAAGACAAAAUGUAGUGUCAUCCAAUGGUUUAAGGUUCUUGUUUAAAGGCCAGAAGUUUUCUCCAGGAAGCAAAGGUCUUUUAAACAGGAGUGAGGAUUCACAAAGUAAGAGCGAAUCGGAGUACUCAGAUGGAGAAAGUGAUGUGUCUUCCACAGCUAAUGAACAAACACCAGCAGGGAGAAAAAGAGAAUCAGGAUCUUCGCAGCCAACAAAGAAUUGUUCUAAAUCAAUUGUAGGUCCUAAUUCGAGCAAGAAAGUUUCAAAGGCAAAGUCUCACAAAAAUGUUUCGAGGGAAUAUUUAUCGACCUCAAGCACAGACGAGUAUUCCGAUGAUGAAGUUGUCAUCAAUGCAGAAGAUGGUAGGACUGCCAGUGCGUGCUCCCCACGAGUUAACACGCCAGUAGUCGUGCUCAGUAAACUACCAUCAUCUUUACCACAAUCAAACCAUCCACCAAAAAUUAUACGCUUUGCUCAUCGAAAGCGAAUGGAAGCAAAAAAUGAGCAUAAUCAAGCAACGAGUACAAAAGGUAAUCAGCGUCCCAAUUUGAAAGAAGGAUCUUUUAAUGGAAAUGUGGAUACAUCGAAAAGAAAAACAGAGGAGGAGCACGACUCCCAUAAAAAAUCGUUGAGUAAGAAAAAUAGUGAUCAGUUGGUGAUCGAUGUGGAAAAGUUUCCAGAUAAUGAGCUGGAAGAUGGAGAAAUUGAAGAGGAAAGUGGAAUAAUGACUCUGCAGAAAGAGGGUGAUGUUGAAAUGAGUGAUGGACUGGAUGAUGUGAUUAUUGAAGAUGAUGUGGAGGAAAGUGGUGAGUUUCCUCCCCCAUUAGUUCAUAUCGAAAACCUUGAGGGUGAGGACAGUUUGAAGACUGAGGCUGAGUACUCGAGAAUUGAUGACCCAGAGGUUUGCGAGACAGGGAAAGAGAUCACGCCUUUGCGUAGUGAAAAAGAGGCAAAAAAUAGUUCUUCCAGGAGUGACAAGUCCACCCCAAAUACCCAGCCUACAACAGCUGUGGAAACUCUACACUUACUUCUAAAUCAAUUGUCUGCCUUAGGCAAUUCUAAGGAGGAAAAUGUCAACUUCCUAUUAUCAAAUGCAAAGCAAGUCUUAUCAACAGCUGAGAGAAGACUUCCUUCAUCAGUAGAAAACCACCAAAUUCCGGACAUAAAGCCUAAUGUCAGUCAAAUGCAUGUAACGACAUUAAAUCGAACCUGUAUGGUAAGUCCUGACUCUUCAAAUCAGGAGGGAAAUUCCAAGUCACAUGACCAGAGUGUUGAAGAUCUUGUGAUGCUGAAUGAUAGAGUGGGUUGUGACGUUGACAUAGUUCCCUCAGAUGCCGUGGUGACAGUGAAGGAGGAAGUGAACACUGUAAAUAGGAAUGCGGGGCUACAAAACCAAAAAGAGGCUGAGGCUAUCAUCAUCAUAGAUGAUGAUGAUGAUGACUGAGGGCAUAUAAUGGUGAUUGUGAUGGCUGACCUGGUGCUAGUUUAACAGAGGAGCAGAAGGCCAGCAUCCUUGCAUCUAUAGCCUUUUUUAACUUCUGGGUCACAGUGGAAGGACUUAGACCUGUUGUUUCUGAUCAGUCCAUGUGUGUUAUACUCUGUUCAACAAGGUUAAAUCAUCGAUCACCAUGUUCAUCGUCGGAAACCCACGGUUGAUUACGCUUCGUUCCUCUCUCCAUCACCCGUGGGUCCAUUCAUACCUAUUCGCUCGUUCUCAUGAAUAAUUCAUGAGGCAAUUUCAUUGGGCGCUUUACGUAUACCCUGAGCGAAUUCGUCCAAUCAAAAAGACGCUUUUACUUUUGAUUUUGGAGUUGGGGUGAGUUUUAAUGAACUUAACACUCGUUUUGUCCCUUUAGGCGUUGACAGUUUGUCUUUAAGACUUCGAACACCUGUCAUAUCUUUCAACGUGGAUAACAGCUUAUCUCGUUCGUCUUUUAUGCUAAUUAAUUUAGUUUUCAGAUCGUUGUUGAGCUUUUGAACGCGGUUGAGCUUGUUGGCACAGGAAUUACAUGCAAAUCCUUUUAUGCUUGGAACGCACAUAAGUUUGUACACAUCCUUGUACUGUUCCUGACUCGUGGCUGACGAUAGAGACCUGUAUGAUCGGUCAGUGAUGGUCUUUUGGCAAAGCACGCAAUAUUUUACAGGCGCGGCCAUAUUUGCUGUGGUAGCAGUUAAGUAAUGCUACCUUUAAAAACAGAAGAGUUCCGUUAUUAUAACGAUUACUUUGAUUGGACAAUAUUUUUAGAUAUUAUUCAUGAGAACGAGCGAAUAGGUAUGAAUGGACCCACGGGUGAUGGAGAGAGGAACGAAGCGUAAUCAACCGUGGGUUUCCGACGAUGCACCAUGUUUUGUUCAAAUUUUUGUUGAAUUUUUCUUUCGUUUGUAAUUCAAGAUAUUGAAUUAAUUUGUUGUUCAUGGAGGAGGGCCUUCUCACACACCUUGUAUGUGUUUACCAAGACCUCAGCAGUGUUUAUUUUCUAUCGGGGCACUCCUUCCUGUUGUGUUAUGUAACUGCACCUGUUGUGUGUUUUCUUGUGUUUUAUGUAACUGCACCUGUUGUGUAUGUUUUCCUGUGUUUUAUGUAACUGCACCUGUAACAGUUGUGUAUGUUUUCCUGUUGUGUUAUGUAACUGCACCUGUUGUGUAUGUUUUCCUGUGUUUUAUGUAACUGCACCUGUAACAGUUGUGUGUGUUUUCCUGUGUUUUAUGUAACUGCACCUGUAACAGUUGUGUAUGUUUUCCUGUUGUGUUAUGUAACUGCACCUGUUGUGUGUUUUCUUGUGUUUUAUGUAACUGCACCUGUUGUGUAUGUUUUCCUGUGUUUUAUGUAACUGCACCUGUAACAGUUGUGUGUGUUUUCCUGUGUUUUAUGUAACUGCACCUGUAACAGUUGUGUAUGUUUUCCUGUUGUGUUAUGUAACUGCACCUGUUGUGUGUUUUCUUGUGUUUUAUGUAACUGCACCUGUUGUGUAUGUUUUCCUGUGUUUUAUGUAACUGCACCUGUUGUGUAUGUUUUCCUGUGUUUUUCUCUCAUUCAGUCACCAUCAAGCUCCUGUCAGAUGUUAAUAUGCAAUCAUCUAAAUGCAAGUCUAGAUGACUUAAAUUUUUAAAUACCUGUAGAUGUACAGUUUUAACAGAGACCAUAUAAGAGGGUACUUUAGCGAUUUAGCGAUUUUCUCAUAAAAAUGGGUACUAUAUAUAUUGUAUAUUUAGCGAGAGCUAAUUUUAGUGACUUUAUAAUUCCAAGAAAGAUAAGUAUGCGGAAUUAAUUGUUAGCGAUAUUCAAUUCUAACAAGGUCAACACCCUUGCUAAGAAUGCCAAAAUUAAAUCCACACUGAAAAUUCUGCUUUAACAGUGUGUGGUUAAUUUCUUCUAAAACUUCUGAAUUUUCUAUAAUCUUAUAGUAUCAACCUAAAGCAUUUUAGAUGAUUUUAUUAUAAUAUUUUAUGGUUGUAUUGUAUUUUAAAGGUUUGAGAAGAUGCGUUGGUUUUUUAUUUGAAAUAUUGUGAUGUUUGUUUCCAUAUUUGUACAGUGUUAUUGGACAGAGUCUAUCGAUUUUGUUAAUGAGGAAACCAAUAUUGGUGAAGACUGUUGUUAUUUUGAAAUACAUAUGCAUAAUAAUUUGGUAUUGAAUUGAAUUUUAAUUAUGCCUUUAGAGUAGUGUCUACAUCAUUUCUGCAUUUGAAGGGAAUUGGGCAGUGUAUAUAUAUAUGUAUAUUACAUUGUUAGAUAUAUAAGAUAGGAUACACAGCAAAACAUGGUUAUAGUGAACAUGCUUAUUAUAAUUCAUUAUAAUCAGUCAGUCAUUAUAAUAAUGACUGACUGAUUAUAAUGAAUGACUGAUUAAUGUACAAGACUUAUUGUAACGAAUGACUGAUUAUAAUGACUGACUGAUUAUAAUGAAUGACUGAUUAUAGUGACUGACUGAUUAUAAUGACUGACUAAUUAUAAUGAUUGACUAAUUAUAAUGACUGACUGAUUAUAAUGAAUGACUGAAUAGCUCAGCGGAUUUAACAAAACUCGGGUUAUAACACAGCAUUUCUGGCUUUUCACUAUAGCUGUGUUUUACUGUACCCAAAUAACGAUGAUGGUUGUUUUUAUCAAAUUGUUUUAAUCAAAAUGUUGUCGGUUGUAAACAAAUAUCAUGUAUAAGGCUUGUGCAUGUUACUGAGAGUUGCCUUCAGAUAGAAGGGCAUUUUUUUUUUAUUUUUGUAUGUUGACUAUGUCUCAAUAACUGAAAGAUUUUAAGAUAUUAGAUGAUGAAGCUUUCCAGUCCUGAUAAUAGAGAUCUAUUUCAUGUGACAGGCCUUGUUUUCACUAUAGUUACCAGUAUUAUAGAGAUCUAUCUCAUGUGACAGGCCUUGUUUUCACUAUAGUUACCGGUAUUAUAGAGAUCUAUCUCAUGUGACAGACCUUGUUUUCACUAUAGUUACCGGUAUUAUAGAGAUCUAUCUCAUGUGACAGGCCUUGUUUUCACUAUAGUUACCAGUAUUAUAGAGAUCUAUCUCAUGUGACAGGCCUUGUUUUCACUAGGUACUGGUAUUAUAGAGAUCUAUCUCAUGUGACAGGCCUUGUUCUCACUAUAGGUACCGGUAUUAUAGAGAUCUAUCUCAUGUGGCAGGCCUUGUUUUCACUAGGUACUGGUAUUAUAGAGAUCUAUCUCAUGUGACAGGCCUUGUUCUCACUAUAGGUACCGGUAUUAUAGAGAUCUAUCUCAUGUGGCAGGCCUUGUUUUCACUAGGUACUGGUAUUAUAGAGAUCUAUCUCAUGUGACAGGCCUUGUUUUCACUAUAGGUACCGGUAUUAUAGAGAUCUAUCUCAUGUGACAGGCCUUGUUUUCACUAUAGGUACCGGUAUUAUAUAGAUCUAUCUCAUGUGACAGGCCUUGUUUUCACUAUAGGUACUGGUAUUAUAGAGAUCUAUCUCAUGUGACAGGCCUUGUUUUCACUAGGUACUGGUAUUAUAGAGAUCUAUCUCAUGUGACAGGCCUUGUUUUCACUAGGUACUGGUAUUAUAGAGAUCUAUCUCAUGUGGCAGGCCUUGUUUUCACUAUAGGUACCGGUAUUAUAUAGAUCUAUCUCAUGUGACAGGCCUUGAUUUCACUAUAGGUACCGGUCUUAUAGAGAUCUAUCUCAUGUGACAGGCCUUGAUUUCACUAUAGGUACCGGUAUUAUAUAGAUCUAUCUCAUGUGACAGGCCUUGAUUUCACUAUAGGUACCGGUCUUAUAGAGAUCUAUCUCAUGUGACAGGCCUUGUUUUCACUAUAGGGACCGGUAUUAUAGAGAUCUAUCUCAUGUGACAGGCCUUGUUUUCACUAUAGUUACCAGUAUUAUAGAGAUCUAUCUCAUGUGACUGUCCUUGAUUUGACUAUAGGUACCGAUUUUAUGCGAUUAUUACUUAAGGACAGACAAAAUAAGCAUACUCUUUUCAAUAUUAAUCUUUUUAAAACUAUAGAGUCUGAUUUAAAAUGCUUGUACAUUUCCAUGAAAGGAAUAACAGUGUAUUUAUUAUUUUAAAAAGGAUUCACUUUCCAAGAAUCCUAAACCCAUUGUAACUAUAAAAUCCUGAUAAUUAUGAACAAAGAAGUAGAAUGAGAGUAACAUGUAGUUUAGGGUAUCAGAAAAUGGGAGACAUUUCAUCAAAUUAUCAGAAUAUGUUUUCCACUGUGUUCAAAUGAGAACAAAAAUUAUAUAGUUCAGUGUAAAUUUAGAAUAUUUUUGUUUGUCCUCCAUGGUUGUUUUCACGUUUGUUAUAAAUCCUACCUGUUGAAAUUAUACCACACCUGUGUUCAAUGAAGUUUGUCAUUUCCAUUUUGAUCAAGUCAACUGUCCAAUACUUAACUUGUACAUAUGUGUGUGUGUGUAGAUGCAUGCAUGUGCUUGUGUGCACGUGUACAGUGCUCACUAUUAUUAAUGUGAUUAAACAUGUUUAUAUGGACUAUUUUGAAAAAUAUUGCAUGCUUUCACUUUACACAAUGACUACUAGUUGUACAAUGAAAUUGACACUUGUUAAAAUGUCCAGUGAAAAUCAGUUGCUGACAUUAUGGCUUUUGGAUUUUUUUUUAAUGUUGAACUGCAUUAUAAACACAUCUUACCUUGUUUUACAAAUUCGUCUCACCGGAGUCAUUCAGGUGAUCUAUUGUUAUUGGUCUGUGUCUGCUGUCGUCUCACCGGAGUCACUCAGGUGAUCUAUUGUUAUUGGUCUGUGUCCGCUGUCGUCUCACCGGAGUCACUCAGGUGAUCUAUUGUUAUUGGUCUGUGUCCGCUGUCGUCUCACCGGAGUCACUCAGGUGAUCUAUUGUUAUUGGUCUGUGUCCGCUGUCGUCUCACAUGUGUUAACAAUUGAAUUUCUUUAACUUCUUGAUAAAAUAUACAUUCCAAUUUUUUGCAAAUGUGGUAUAAAGUAACUUUGGGACAAUGGGGACAUAUAUUGUAUAUUUCAGGACUCCUGCACCCCUAGGGCCUUAAGGGUGGGGCAAAUAUUUACCAAUUUUCAACAAUCGUGCGUCUGUAAAUGCAGAGUCUCGUAGAGCAGGAAGGCCUGUACCAAAAUUAUAAAUUUCUUGAUCCAUGGGGUAGAGUUUCUGACGCAAGGGCGGGGCCAAACUUUGCAAUAGUGUUUAUGAUUGUGUAAAAAAAAAAAAAAAAAAAAAAAAAAAAAAAUAUGAAACAAAAAAGAUUGUAAAAGGAGCAGGUAGCCCUUUACCAAAAUUGUUAAUUUCAUGAUCCCAGAGGUAGUGGUUUUGGUUCCAGGGUGCCAAAAUUAUCAUAGCGAUUAUUGUCUUCAUCAUUAUAAAGAAGGGGUAUAUCAAAAUUGCUAAUUUCGGAACCUUUGGUUUCUGACUAGAGCAGGUCCAAAUUAGUCAUAGUGUUGAUUUAGUAUAUUGUAUCACAUAAAAUCUUUCAUCAGUAUGGGCACUUUCAGGGGCAUUUGUGUUUAAUAAGAACACAUCUUGUUUUACUGCUGUUGAAUUAAGCUUAAUUAUAGAUAUGCAGAACAGGAAAAUUAUAGAAGUCAUGCAUAACCCUGGGGCUAGAGACACUGUGAACUAAUACUCGGGUAACAGUUAAAGGCAUUUAAUUGUUUAUUACUAAGGACGUAUACCGGUAAGGAGUAUGAGAACAAAUGAUAUAUUUUUUCAAGUGGUCGGUUUUCAAGAAACUAUUCUACUUAAUUCAUACUUACAUAGAUGGUGUAUCUAGGAUGUAAAGAACAAUUGAUACUCUGAAUGCUGCAUCUGAUCUACGUUUUCUGGAUGAUUGACCAGAUUAAAGGUUCUUUUAAGCACCCAUUCCUACGUACAUUGUAUUUCUCAAUAUCUAGAGCAUCUGAGUGAUGCAGAUUUGCAUGGGUAACUCUCAUUGCAGUUUUUUUAAUAUAUUUAAAUCUGUAUGAAAUCCUUUUCUUUUACGAAUUAAAAUGUAUGAUUCCUUUUCAUUAUUUUUUUUUUUCCCCAUUUGAUCAUGACCUCAUGAUUCAAAGUAUUUUCAUGCAUGCAGUUAUAAAUCAAUAGAUUUUAAUUAUGUCCAAUGUGUAUUGGAGCUAUUAAAUUGACAGCAUAAUUUCUGGGUUGUACACAUUCCUCUUUAGAGGAGACCUUGUGCAACAGUGAUAUCUGUAUGUCCAUCUACACAGGGUUUCUAUUCCAUGUGGCGAGGGUUUUGAUUUUCUUCAUUACAUGUAUUUGAAAAAAUUACAGGUUGUUUAACCUGCUCACUCUAGAGGAAAUAUUACAGAGUGAGUACAAUGGUUCUUCGGUCCCGCUCUUUUCACAGUUGUCAAGCUAAGGCCUUUAUAAACAACUUGAAGAUGUGCAUAUAUUGUAAGGAUUUUUAAUUCUAAACAAGCCAAAGUCUCUAUUUUGAUUGGAAAUAUUACAGGUUGUUGAACUUUGGGGAAAUUAUUUUUAACAGUAAGAGCUCUUGGUUUGUCUAUUAAUACUUCCUGUCGGAGGUUUUAAGCCUGGACCUAUAUACAUGUAUUCAUUAUAACAAUGCUAAAGAAAGUAUUACAUGUACAUUUGUAGUAAAAGAAAAAAAAAGUAUAGUAAAGUAUGCCACAACUUGUGAUGACUGAUACUACCUUCAGUAAAGUUCUACAACAUUUAUCAUCCAACAUAGCUUGUGAUGGGCGUAUUAUAUCCCAUUUAACACCCAACAUAGCUUGUGAUGGGCGUAUUAUAUCCCAUUUAACACCCAACAUAGCUUGUGAUGGGCGUAUUAUAUCCCAUUUAACACCCAACAUAGCUUGUGAUGGGUGUAUUAUGUCCCAUUUAACACCCAACAUAGCUUGUGAUGGGCGUAUUAUAUCCCAUUUAACACCCAACAUAGCUUGUGAUGGGUGUAUUAUGUCCCAUUUCCAGUACCUUUUUUUUUUUAGUAUUGACCAACAAAAAAACUAGCAAGAAUUAAACUAUAGAAAGUUUUGCAAUGAUAAGUCACUUACCAGAAAUUAGUUGUGUUGAAGAUGUAAAACUUGUUGCUAUUAUUAAUUUAGUUUUAGUUUUAUUACCAGAGGCCUGUACAUGCACUCAGAGUUUCAAUACAUUUUGAUUAUCUUGUAUAUCUUUUUGCAUCUUUUAUGUACAAAACACCACUGCAUUUGUUGUUGUUAAAGAUGUUAUUUAUGCAAUAUAAGAAUUACACUUUU